GAGGGAAAAAAAACACUAAACAAGAACAAGAACAAGACGAGGCCCGUUCAGCCUUUGGACUGGAUCUGCUUGCAACGGCGCCUCCGGCUCUCUUUGCAGUGUAUAUAAACACACUACAACAACACAAGCCGAAGUGUGCAGAGAGUGAGAGAGAGCAGAGUACCGAUUCCCAAAGAGCCAGGGUGCCAGGAAAAUGGGUGGAGAAACCUUACCCGCCACAGCCAACCCCGCCGCGCGAGUGGCUCCUCUGGUACUGGGACUACAGGCUUCCGCCCUCGUCGACCAUGUUGCCCGCGUUGACUGGUCCCUGCUCGAUCAACUCCCCGGCGAGCGCGGUGGCUCCAUUCCUGUUGAAAUUGAAGAGCUUGAGCAUAUAUUGAGUGAGGUGAAAACCCAUGUAAUUUCAUCCCCUGAUGAUUCCUUGCCAAUGAAAACCAUCGCCGGUGGCAGUGUUGCCAAUACAAUCCGAGGGCUGAGUGCCGGUUUCGGAGUCUCCUGCGGGAUAAUUGGUGCCUGUGGAGAUGAUGAGCAAGGCCAGUUAUUUGUCAGUAACAUGAGCUCUCAUGCUGUGAACCUCUCUAGAUUGAGGAUGAAGAAGGGACCCACAGCUCAGUGUGUUUGCUUGGUCGAUGCUUUGGGCAAUCGGACAAUGCGUCCCUGUCUCUCAAGUGCUGUGAAACUUCAGUCUCAGAAUUAUGUUAUCCAGGCUGAUGACUUCACGAGAGCAGACUUCAAGGGCUCUAAGUGGUUGUUGUUGAGGUAUGGUAUCAUCAAUUUGGAAGUGAUUCAAGUGGCUCUAUCGAUUGCGAAACAAGAGGGUCUAUUUGUGUCCUUAGACUUGGCCAGUUUUGAGAUGGUUCGCAACUUUAGAUCGCCUCUUCUGCAGCUGCUGGAGUCAGGGGACAUAGACCUCUGCUUUGCCAACGAGGAUGAAGCAGCAGAGUUGCUAAGAGGUUCCGAGGGUGAACCACAGGCUGAUCCAGAGGUUGCACUUGAGUUUCUGGGGAAACACUGCCGCUGGGCUGUGGUGACGUUAGGCUCCAACGGAUGUAUAGCAAAGCAUGGAAAAGAGAUUGUGAGAGUUCCAGCCAUAGGGGAAGCCAAUGCAGUCGAUGCCACAGGAGCAGGAGACCUGUUUGCGAGUGGAUUUUUAUAUGGAUUGGUGAAGGGAUUAUCUCUGGAGGAAUGCUGCAAAGUAGGAUCGUGCAGUGGCGGAUCUGUUAUUCGAUCUCUCGGGGGUGAGGUCACCCCCGAGAACUGGCAAUGGAUGUACAAGCAGAUGCAGACCAAAGGCCUCACUCUUCCUCAUAUCCCCAAAUGAUUUUUUUUGUUCUGUUGUUUUAUCGGAACAACGAUUGUUUCAAAAUUCAUGACUACUAGCCAACUAUAUAUAUGUUUUCGAAAGCGACGGCGUAGCUAUGGUUGCAUUUUGAGGCUGACUUGACGAAUGCGUACAACGGAAGAACAUCAGGGGAGGAUCCUGAACGGAUCGAGCCUGUUUUUGUAAUUUUUCUUUCUGGUUUAAGUUGCGAUGUUGGUUCACUAUGUUUACUGUUUUUGCAAGUUUUUACUUGUUAUCUUGUGGCACUAAAUAUUGCGUUUUUAUCACAAAUAGUCCUUGUAUUAUUUCGAAUU